CCAGGGAGACCAGUGGCACCCACCAUGCGCCUGCGACGCCUGACCCCUGGCUACUUCCGGGUGCUACAGAUGCAGGUAGCCGGGGAGCUGAAGGCAGAGCCCCGGAGUCCACUGGUUGGGGUCGUGGCAACACUGCUGGCUGUCCUUGGACUGGGUGGCUCCUGCUAUGCUGUCUGGAAGAUGGUGGGACAGCGGCCACCGCCACGGGCCCCGUGAUGAAGUGGGCAGCCUGUCACCUGGGCCCUGGGGGCCCGUUUCCCCUGCAGCUAUGAACCAG